AUGAGGAAUCGGUCGCGUCGCCAAGCUACACGAGGGAUAUCUCCCAACCCAAAACGACGUAGUGUUGGUGAGGGAGUGGCAUCGCCUCGAAUGAACGGUGACUACCAAGUCCUUCGACAACAUGUUGAGAAAGAGCGCACUUCCGUUCAAUCCGCUAGAGUCUCUUUGGCUGCCUCCUUGGAUCAACUGGGAGAGCAUCACGUGCGACAAAGGGAGUACAACGAGGCAAUGGAUGCUUUCACGGAAGCCCUUCGAGAAAAGCGCAGUGUCUUCUGGCAGCUAUCACCAAGUGAUACCCCAGGUGGUACGAGUCGGAUAGACUCUGUUUUCAACUUCGAGUCAGAAACGGAACGUAAUGAAGAGGCUGAGAACCAUGACAAGGCAAUUGACGAGAUGAUUGGCACACUGCGCAAUAUUGGAAAUGUCCAUUCCUUACGAGGUGAACAGGACGAAGCAAUGCGCUAUUUCAGAGAAGUUACAAGUUUGCGAGCACAAAAGUCCGCACCUGGCGAUGCAUCAUCCCCUCGUGGUGAUUCUGCAUCUUUUCUGUCUGGGUUGAAUGACGACGGAUCUUCAAUGAUGGCAGAGAUCAAUGAAGAUGUCAAAGCUUUGGAUGACUUGUUCCGAAGCAUAACCUUCCGCGGCAACAGUGACGGCGGGGGCCUACUAGAUGAAGGUCGUGCACUCAAGCCACCCAUCCCAAUGAGGCGAAGCAUGUCAAGUCCAACAACUAGGAAGAGAAAGAGCUCGUCAUCUGGCGUUGGUGGCAUAAUAGAGAAUGAGCCAUUCAAGAGAUCAAUAUCGUCCUUGGAUAUGCCCCACAAUACGGUUCCAAUCGGUGGAAGUGAAUCGAACGAAGCAAUGGAUAUGUAUCGAAGUCUGCUGGAGACCUACGAGGGUGAAAACUUGAAUCGUCAUAAAGAAAUGAUGAACUCUUUGACACUUCGUGCUGAUCUACUGACGGGAAGUCACCCAAAAGGAGCGGCCGCUGGAUUCAGCCAUCCUGACAUGUCCAAAUCGAGUGAUCUAGACCUCGCCGUUGAAAUCUAUCGCGAGAUUCUAUCCUUACAGGAAGAACGGCAAAAGGCAGCAAAGAAGCGAAAAGAGAAGGGAAAUUUAAAGGAAAGCGAAGAACAAGAGCUUGCUUCGAAUGUCGCAUCGACACUGAUAUGCAUGGGGAGCGUAUACUACAAGCUUGGGAACCGAAUGGAAGAGCUUCGUACCUACUUGGAAGCCAAGGAUAUCUAUCUGCAAGCAUUUGGAGAAACCCAUCCAUAUGUUGCUGGAACAAGAAAGAAUAUCGGCAUGGUCCUUGCAGAACGGGGCGAAUAUAAGGAUGCUCUAGCUGAGUUUGAAGCUGCCAUGAAGAUAUAUCGUAGUGUCAACAAUGGCGACGACCUGAAUCGAGAUGUCGCAAGUGCCAUUUCCUGUAUGGGCAAUGUAAAAAAUCGACUCGGUGAAUUGGAUGCCGCUCUGACAGAGUACAUGGAAGCCCUCCGCAUCUACAAGGCCAUUCAUGAGCAGAAUACUACUUCCAUCAAGACGGAGCCAUCCAAGAGCUGCCAUCGAGAUGACUCCCUUCGCGAUGUCACGUCAACACUAAAGGUGAUUGGAAUGGUUCAUGCCAAGACUGGUGACUCGGAAAAGGCCAUGACGUUCUUUCAAGAAGCCAUGACUCUUCUGCGAACCUCAGGCGAGGAAAGCAAUACACUCAUCGGAAGAGAAACCACCGCUUCUGUGUUGACGAGAAUCGCCAGCAUUCACAUGAAACGAGGGGACUUUGAUCUGGCGAUGACGCACUACCGCGAAGCAUACGACUUGACAGUCAGCAAUCGAGGCACAACCAAUCACCAUGAGGUUGCCAGUAUCCUUCACUACAUUGGAGGGAUCUACCACAAGCGGUCAGACUUUGAUGAGGCCAUGGCUUGCUAUCAAGAAGCCAUUCGCAUCUACCACUCUACACUCGGUCCCGAGAAUCCUACCGUUGCAGGCACUCUUGUAAUGGUUGGAAGCAUUCACUACAAGCGACGAAAUCUAGAUAACGCUAUGAUGUUCUACCGCGAAGGACUUCGACUGAAUCGAGAUGCCUACGGCCUUCACCAUCCAGACGUCGCCCCAAUUAUGAAGAGCAUUGGUACCAUCCUUACGAAAAAGGGGGACUUGGAAGAGGCCUACACCAUUUUCCGAGACGUUUUGAGCAUCAAGUGCACGGUUCAUGGGACGAGCCACCCAGAAGUAGCCAGUGCCUACAAGAGUCUUGGCAAUGUGCACUACAAACUGGGAAAUUUGGCCGAUGCCGAACGAGAAUACCGUCAUGCACUGAGUAUCUACCGAAGGACCAAAGGAGAGAAUCAUCCCGACACAAUGUCAUCGAAAACGACAAUUGAACAUUUAAGGUAUUGGAUGAAAGAACGAGAACAAAGACAACUGGAACAACGGCACGCCAAGAAUGUGACCCGACAAGACAGUAGAGGGGAAAGAAGCUGCUAA